AUGAAGUUCGUGAGGGGUAAGCGCAAGGCAAAGGCCGCCGUGGAGAUGGAUCCCACCUGCAUACUUCGUGCUACAGAGAAGGCCAUGAACUGCAAGCUGGUCUACGAGAACCGGGCUGUGGCGUGUCAUGGUAGGACCAUUCGCGAGGUUUUGAACAUGAACGUCGACGGCGUGAAGUACCGCAAGGCCGACCUGAAGUACGACCUCAAAGGGGGCCGUCUCGACUUGCUGCCACCUCGCUCAGAUGCGGGUCCUGUGCCACAAGGUCGAGGGCGGCCCAAAGCGCCGCGGGCUGGGCAGCCACUGCCUGAAGCCACGCUCAAUGAGUUUUUCCAGUUCUUGGCGUGCCAGCUGUCCAUCGAAAGUCGCGAGCACCUGGGAGAGGAGCUGGCUAUGGCGGAGAAGGCAGCUGCCGAACUCUUCCCAGAGGUCGACAAGCACGUGAAGCCGAACCUGGGGAAUACGGAACGAUGGGUUCCCUACCACACAGUGCUUGGAGUCCACGAGCUUUUCCUGAUGGAGGCGGUGCACAGCAGGAAGGACUGGAACGACAAGCAGAAGUUCCUGGCAAUGUUCAUCUUUCGAGCACACUGCAAGCGCGACCUUUUCUUGCAGGCGCAGGUGCCAUUGAUGAAGGAUCAGUUUUGGAAGAAUCCACUGAAAGCCUUCGAACCCAAUGGCCCCAUGGAGAAAGCUAUCGCUUUGUACCGGAAGAAGACAGGAAAUGCUCUGCUGACCAACUGCUUUCGCAUCAUCCCCGAGCGAGUGCUCAAGGACAACGAUGCCAAUUUGGUGCGCAGCAUCGUGACCAGGACUUCGCGGCUGCUCCCAGUGGCAGAGAAGGCCUAUGACGUCAUCAAGGACUCUCAAACGACAGCUUUCACGAAGCUGCACCGGAUCGCGAGCAUGGUGCAGAACACCGAAGGUUGCGGUGAUACCUGGGCCAAGAUGCUCACGGUUCCCAUUGACAUGGCGUAUCCGAAGCUGAAGCUUCUGGAAUCGGAUUGCGAGGUCGGAGUUGGCGCUGCCCCGCCUCUGCAGAUUCUGCUUUCGUCGAAGACGCCAGACCGGCGCCAGGCUCUGCGGACGCUUCUGAAGAAGGUGAACCAGUCCAAGACUGCCUCUGCAAAGCAUUUCUGGAAGGUGCUAGAGAAGGUCGAGAAAGGAAUGUGCAAAAAGUAUCGACACCUUCCACUGGUCGUGAAGCAGGCAACCACCAAACCUCACGCAAUGUCAGCCAGCACGCUUCAGGUCCAACUCUGCGAGUAUCGCCAGUUCCGUCAUACCUUGGCCCGCAACCUCUAUGGCCUAGCGGAUGACCAGUCCAUGCGCACGGAGGAGACGUCGAAAACCGUUUCCGCCGAGGACUACAUGACGCAGGAGAAGACCUGCAUGAAGUGUGUUUUCCCGUGCGAGGACCGCCAGGUCACGCUGGAUGUGCCUCUCAAGCCGGCCAAGUCCCCGAAGGUGGCUGCGCGUGUCCUGUCGAUGAUGUUUCAGAAGGUGAUAAGCGGCGAGUCCGAGGCUGAGGCAGUCUCCUUUCGAGACAAAGUGCUCAUGGGUUACACCCACGGGGAGGAUGUGGCUGAUGAUAGCGACGCGUGGUCCCAAUGCAAGGUCCAGUUGUCUCAUCCCUCUCCGCUGGUCGCCUUCCAAUUCGAAGCAAAGGACGGAGCGAAGUUCCCUUUUCAGACGACCGUGGCCGCAGCAGGAAGUAUUCUUCAAGCUGAGCGUCUUGCCAGGCUUUGUUGGGAGCGCCUUCGAUCUGGAAAAUCGAAGGAUGACACCAUCAAGUGGAGGGAUGCGCAGUACAAGCUGAUGAAGAAAGAAGACGUCGCAGGACAAAGCGCUGCAAAAGGGACGAAGCGAAAGAGGAGUGACCCGGAUUUCUAG